CAGCGAACUGGUCACGUGCGUGUAGAAACUCGCUCAGCACGCCUUUGCCUGCGGAAAAAAUCCGAAGGGUAGCAGGAAACGCGAAAAAGGGCGCUGAAGUGUGGGUCGUACAAGGGGCUACAUUUGUCGGUGGGGAACAGAGACUGUUCCGAGGAGAAUACAGCUGGCCGGGGGACUCAGAAAUGGCGCUAAAAAGAAUAAACAAGGAGCUACAGGACUUGGGAAGAGACCCUCCGGCUCAGUGCUCCGCAGGGCCAGUUGGAGAUGAUCGUAAGAACUUACACACCCUUCCCCUCCUCCCAUCUCUCUCUCUCUUUCAUCUUCUCCCUCUCCAUAUCUCUUUACUUCUCCAUCUGUCACAGUUUUAUACACACUCUCUCUCUAUUUCAUGUGCAGUGUUCCACUGGCAAGCUACAAUCAUGGGCCCGGUAAGUUUCUUUGCCUUAUUCACAUCUUUCUCUUUUAGGGUGAAAGGGAGAGAGUAUUAUUACUGUUUUGCGCCAGAUAUAGAUACAUAGCCUUUCUGUUCUGUCUUGUGGGCAUGCUCCAUAUAUAGUUUAGCUAGUGUUUAGUCUAGCCAACGCCCCCCAGUGAUGUCAUAACAGCAGACUUUCAACUUAUGUUGAUUCCUUCACGUGUGCAAGCACCAUAAACACCUCACUCUCCUACGUGUAUGUGAGGCUAAUGGAAACAUUCUAUAGUGAAACCUCUUAAUAAGGGACACCUUGGAGGUAUCUAAAACGUCGUUUAUUCAGGGGCAUACCUUUUUCACUUUUAUUUAGUACGGGGCAGAACCUAGUGUAGACCAUAGGAAGGUGUCCUUUAUCCAGAGGGUCGUUUUUAAGAUGUUUCAAUUAUUUUCUUCCCACCACCUCUCUCCUGUCUUUCUCCCCUCAGCCGGACAGUCCGUAUCAGGGAGGUGUGUUCUUCCUCACAAUUCACUUUCCAACAGACUACCCCUUCAAACCGCCCAAAGUUUGUGCAAGUUAUUUCACUGGUGGAGCUAUAUACUGCAUCCAUUUGUUCAAUAAAGUAUAGUAUGGCUGCUUAUUCUAUUGAUGAUUUGCCAUUGCAAGAAGAAUGCGUGAUAGAGUUUUCCCAGCUACUCGAUGUGUGUGUGUGUGUUUAUGUUAUUGGCGGUAUGUGAAUUGAGCGUGGAAUUUAAAUUGCAACACGCUAACGACAUUGACGUGAAAUUACGUACACUUAUGAAGAAGAACACUGACCUAUUAGUGUGAUGUCGUCUUACACCUCUUGUCUUCGUCCUUCCCUCCCCCUUCCCUCCUCUUCCAUCUUUCUUCUGCUUCUCUCCCUCCUCUUCCUUCUCGCUACCCAGGUUGCGUUCACAACUAAAAUUUACCAUCCUAACAUAAACUCCAAUGGUAGUAUAUGUCUCGACAUACUACGGUCACAAUGGAGUCCAGCGCUUACCAUCUCUAAAGUCUUGCUAUCUAUAUGCAGUCUUCUGUGCGACCCUAAUCCAGAUGACCCUCUUGUACCUGACAUCGCCAGGAUCUACAAAACAGACAGACAAAAGUACAAUGAGCUCGCAAAAGAGUGGACAAGAAAAUACGCAAUGUGACGGGCCACGUGGAUAGCUGAACUUAAAUGUUGCACCUUAGGAUCCAUUGUAUAACUGCAACCCUUUGAGUAGAUCACAUGCGUCUGUUGUACUUGCAUAUAAUUAUUAUUACUGUCCUAUUAUUAUACUAUGAGUGCACAAGUAACACAUGAUGUAUAUACGUGUAGUAGGGUUGGAUAAUCAAACUGUUUGAAGAAAUAAAAAGGACCGUAAGGAACAGUGAGUGGAUGGA